CUAGCUUGAUACGUACCCAACUAUCGAUAGGCUCUGCUUGAGCUCAUUCGGUCGGUUAGACUCGACAUCUAGUCGGCACUAGAAGGCAACUUUUUGCUAGUACUACGUUACACGGGACUUUAGUUUUUUGUUUAACUCUUUCAACUAGUUUUUUUUUUUAUUCUAUUCGUUUGCCUUUUAUUAGUCUACUGGCUGCAAUAGAUUUGAAAUAACCACCAACUCUGUCCGGCGCCAUCAAAAUGACGGAAUUUCAACGUGAUUCGAAUCUGUUUUGUUUUAUCGACACCUCUCUUGUAUGCAAAUCAAAUAAUACCAAUGAUCCCUUUCAAGUCCCAACCGCAAACUAAUCAAUCUAAUACAAUUUUAAUUUUAUGAGAAAUGUGGCUUCGCUAUGGGAAGAUGAGAAAAGUAUCAAAAAGUAAAUAGCGCAAUCAAAAUCAAAUUCGAAGUGAUUAACCAGCGAUGACGUCACCAAAAUACCGAUCAAAAUGCAGCAGCUUAGAAUAAAGAAUCAAGACUUGGAGGGACGAUCCAAAUUUCAGCCAUUGCCAGAGUGGAAGGAAGCGGAAUCGCUCCAUAACUCACUGCUGAGAAUUGCCUGAAGUGCAUUGAGGUGAACCAGACCACAUUACUCCUCCGUUUCAGAUGCUUCCGUCUUGUUCGCUAGUCCAUCCCCUUGACCUUAUUCUGCACAAAAUCAUUCAAAUAAGUCCAAACUAGUUAUACUAAUUUUACGGUCCCCAUUAAUUUGCCAUCAGAUAUUAAUCAAGGAAACAAAUCAUGGAUAUAGUAUAGGGUUUCCCGGGUUUUCCCGAAUUCCCUUGUUUUUUUCCCGCCGAAGCGACGAGUGCAAAAAAAAAGAAAAAACCCCUGGCCCGGCCUUGGCCUCAAAUCACACUUUUCUUAUCACAAAACGACCUUAUAAAUAUACUACACGAAUGUUAUACUUUCUCUUUAGAAACCGGCUUUGCAUACUACGCAAAUCACGCACGCAACAUAAACUAAAAUUAUAAAAAAAUAAUUACUUGUACUGCUGUAAAUAAGAAUAAUUUUUGUAAUUACUAGAGUAGAACAAGAGCUAAAUCGACCCACCCAAUUGUAAUGCUGAUAAUGGGGUAUUACCGAUAAAAAGUGUUCCAUUUAAUCUCACAAAACUCUGAAAGUUGAGUCGUUUUGUCAGGAUUUCUACCUCCGGAAUAAUUGUUCUAUUCGGCAUAAUAAGGGUUUUCACGUUUAUAAAAUUAAGCGUGCCUACAAAUCAAAAACCGGUCUACCUGCCAUAUUGGGGAAUACCUGAAUAUAUUUUGGGGGUCACUGCCUUUCUCUCUCUUUUGUUCGCAAACUGAAAAGCGAGUGCUGGGUCUACUUUGGUUUGGCCAAGGGAAUUGUCGGGAAUUGUAGUAGUACGCGAUGGACGAGCGCGAGUGAAACACGCGAGAUUUUGAUUGUUCCUUCGGCUUCGCGCUCGAUUACGUCAUCAAAAAUUGCCAAUUUUAAAAACUGAUCUUCAUUUUAAAACAACUCUAAACAAUUGAACAAGCCAAAUAUUCGGGACGUGUCUGUGAUCCAACGUGUGCUGAAAUUCAAAGUUUAAAAUGUGCGACACUUAUUCAACGAGACGGACGCCGAUGCUACUGAGACCUUGGAUUAUUUUAUUGCUGGCCAAUCACAUCGUCCAAGCUUACGAUCUUCAAAUGUCCCCGAAACUAGAAAAAGACGAGCAGGUGAUUAAAGAAGGCUCAACUCUAAAACUGACGUGCAUCGAAAAGAUCUACUAUCGCUCUGAGAGAAAUGGAACAAUCAAAUGGACAAUUCCCACACUCACCAAAAGAAAAGAAGAAUUCAGAAAACGUCAUCACGUAGAAUCGUUUAAGAAUGAAACGCAGUUGAUAUCGACGAUGAUUUUAACAAACGCCACCAAUGAGGACACGGGUUUUUACAGUUGUCAAGGGACGUCGGAGAAAUCAGAUCGAUACAUUUACGUUACCAGUAAUGAAAAACGUUUCUUCAUUGACGACAUCGACAAGAAGCAAUACAAGCACAUCAAAUCCACCUCAUCCAUCGUUUUUGUUGGCGAACCGGGCAAAUCAUUCGUCAUCCCAUUCAAGACGACCCAUCCCGAUUUGAGCAUCUCCGUUUUCAAGGAAUCGACAGACAUCAAAGUCGAACCCAAAAACGAAUUCAUCAAGAUCUGGGAUUCCUCAACGCCAAGUGGAGAUUCGAAAUGGUCGUUCAAUCAUAGACAAGGACUUAAAUUGGAGGGUUGUACCAUUUUCGACACGACAGAUUAUUAUUUCGUCGGCUCCAUGCCCGAAAAGGUUGGCGAAAAUCGCACGGCCUCUGUCGCCCCACACAACGAAGUGCGAAAAUUUUUCACGUGGAACCGUUCACUCAAACAAGUCGACAGGAUUGACGUCUUGGUGCGCAUUCGUCUCAUUGUCCCAGGAAUGGAACUGAAAAGAGUGGGAGAACCUCCUGGAGACCCAGUGGAAGGAUCCAACGUCACUUUAACUUGUACCGUAUCUAGUUUUAAUCCAUCUCGGUUGGCGUGGUCCUAUUACGGCCACGAGUAUCGUGCCAACAGCACCAAACCCAAAUUAGUUCAAGGCGACCCGAAAUUAAAUUUGUUUAACAGUUCGACUACUCGAUCGGCACAGCGAAACGGAGCGAUGAAACAACCAAAAGGCAAGUUUUAUUUUAUUUUACCUGAAUUAUUUGCAAUAUUCAAUGACCAAUGUGAAUCAAUCGAUGCAGAUAUAAUUAUCACCUCGGAAAGAAAAUGGAACGAUUUAUUCUACCACACGAGUCGACUAACUCUGAUUAACGUCACUCUCGACAGCAAAUACACGAAAUUUGAAUGCAUUUCUUUCGAAGUGCAUUCCAUUUCCAAAGAAAUUUAUUUCGGAAUUAAAGAAAUAAACAACGACCCAGUGUCGAACACUGUUGCGUCAACAGAAGAUAUCGCACAAAAUUUGAUCUGCCACCGAAUAUCGCAACACGUUCCCAUUCAAUGGCUAAAGGACGACAAGCCGUACACUGGUGCAGUCAAAGAAACCGCCACCGCGUCUGUUGUGCAACUGCGAGGAAAAGAAACGGAAUGUGGAAACUACGAAUUUCGCUGGACAAAUAGCAAAGGAGAGCCGAGACACAGGAACUUCAGAGUCAAAUCAGUUUCCUUCGACAUUGAAACAAAUAUCAUCGUCAUAUUUGCUGUCACUUUAACCAUCGGAUUACUGGCAACCGGAGUGGGAAUCGGAAUCAAAUUUUACUUCCACAAAAAAAAUGUGGAAAAGAAACUCGGGAAAUGGGAAACAAUUUUGAACGGAGAUCCGAGUAAAAUCGACCCGGAUGUGCCGAUGGAAUACCAAACGGAAUUCCUGCCCUACGAUAAGAAAUGGGAAUUUCCGAGGCAACGGCUCAGACUCGGUCAAGAAUUGGGAUCCGGUUGUUUCGGUCGAGUUGUCAAAGCCGAGGCUGUGGGCAUCAAAGGCUCUGAGGAAACUGUGACAACAGUGGCCGUCAAAAUGAUCAAACUGACAGCCAAGUCUAACGACGCACUCGAAGCUCUCAUCGGCGAAUUAAAAAUUAUGAUCUAUUUGGGGUCGCACUUGAAUGUCGUCAAUUUUAUAGGGGCCUGCACCAAAACCACUGUCAAAGAAGAAAUUCUGGUUAUAAUUGAUUAUUGCCGUUUCGGCAAUUUAAAGUCGUUUUUGUUUGAAAACCCGGACAAGUUCGUCAACGAGUUGAACGGAAUCGGUACAACAUUACCUGCUUGGAACGUAACAGCGACAACCAGCAGCACUCAGCAUCAACCAUCUUCAAAAGAUGUCAAACAAAACUUUCAAUCCAUAGUCAAUAAAGUUUUGAAAUGUCAACCUGGGGAGUUGGCCAAUGAAACUGGUAAACCACGCGAAAUAGGACAAACUACUAGAAAAAACGGAACAAAUUCGAACGCAGCAACUGCCAAUCAAAUAAUUAUCACGAGCGACUUGAUUUCCUGGGCGUUGCAAAUUGCUCGAGGCAUGGAAUUCAUGGCCGAAAAAAAUGUUCUGCACGGUGAUUUGGCCGCCCGCAAUGUCCUUUUGGCCGAUCACGGAGUCGUCAAAGUGGCCGAUUUCGGAAUGGCCAGGAAAAUGAAGAAUCACGAUUACAAGAAAAAAGGAGAUGAGUUGAUGCCAGUCAAGUGGAUGGCCAUCGAGUCCCUAACGGAUAAAAUCUUUUCCAGCCAAUCGGAUGUCUGGUCCUACGGGAUUCUCUUGUGGGAAAUCUUUUCCCUCGGCAAAGUCCCAUAUCCAGGAAUGGAUAAUGGUUGGGCGCUAGUAAAAGACAUUCAAAAUGGACAUCGAAUGGAAAAACCGAAAUUGGCACCCAAUUUCUUUGGGGAAAUUAUGAAAAAAUGUUGGCACAUAGAUCCGAAAGAGAGGCAAACUUUCCACCAACUGGCAGAGAUGGUGGAAGAAUACAUCGAGUCACUUGUCGGUUUUGAUUAUUUCAAUAUGAAUGAACCAACUGGUGAAAGUGAACUAAUCGAAGAGACAAUCGACCUUUAACACGACCUUUUACUAAAUUGACGCGGCAGCGUUUUAACGAUGGAUUCGGAUUAUUUGUGUUAUCGACAAAUCCGUACACAAAUAAAAUAAGACAAAUUUUCUUUUCCACUUGAACCAAUCAAACACGAAUAAAUCAAGUUCAAUCUUAAUUGCAAUCAAUAAAUCAAUCACCUUUUUACCGGUUAAGUUAAUCUUAAGUUAUCCAAUCCAUU